AUGGCGCUAACUGAGAGCAGUGGGCCUCCAUCAGAUGAGGCUCCCAGACUAGGAUUACCGCUUUUUGGACGUUCGGUGGUAGCAGCCUGUGUCAACAGCGGUACGCAUCACAUCGAUGUCAGUGCAGAAGUGCAAUACAUGGAGCAAAUGCUGCUUGAAUUCUAUGACGAGGCUCGAAAUAAGAAUACCUUGGUCCUGAUGGCAUGUGGAUUUGGCAGCAUUCCCGCCGAAAUGUGUCUCUGCUUCAUGCGAAAAAAUUUCCGAGGUGAUUUGGAAGAGGUUGAGUCCUACAUGAGGAUAAAACAAGGUCCAUUGGGCAUGAAUGUGAACUACGGCACUUGGGAGAGCAUUAUCCACAUGGUGGCGCAUGCGUCAGAACUUGUACCACUUCGGCAGCAGAACCGCGAGAGGGUGUUUACCAAACCACUUCCCGAACGCCAAUCUCGCUUGGCUCGAAGGUACGCAUUGUUCUGGAAUGAUGCGGCUGAGAGCUGGUGUGUGCCGUACUUGGGCUGUGACCGGCCGGUGAUGGCUCGCAGCGAAAUGUUUCGGCAUCAACUAUGUGGCUUAAAGCCGGUUCAAGUUCAGACGUAUUUUUGUGUGCCAGGUGUCUUAAAGGGCGUAGGACUCGCUCUACUGGCCCUUGUUUUUCUCCUCUUCAGCUGGUGCAGAUGCGGCCGCUGGCUGCUCAUGCGGUUUCCUGGAAUAUUUACUGCUGGCUGCGUGAAACAAGGCGGACACUCCAAGGAACAGGCAUUGGGCUGUUCUUUCACUUUGACGGCCCGUGGCCGCGGAUGGAAGGAAAAGUUGGCUCAUCCUGGCGACCAUCCCAGGGGAAGGAUGGACCAUUCCGUCACCAUCCGGAUGGAAGGGCCAGAUCCGGCGUACCUGACAACAGCUGUGUGCAUGGUGCAAGCCGCAGUGGUUGUGCUCAAGGAGAAAGACAAGAUGAUAGUGAAGGGCGGAGUGCUGAGCCCAGGCGUCGCCCUGGACCGAACAUCAUACUUGGAGCGGAUCCAAAGACGUGGUUUCAAUAUAUCUGUGCUAUCCGAGGAACGCUGAAAACAUCACAACGCUAGUACCACGAAUGCUCCACUUGUAAUUUUUGUGUUUAUCACCACAGUGGGAUGAUUUUGACUUUCAGUUAAUGCCCGUGAAAGUACCUUGGUAAUGUAGGCAAAUUUACAUUGAUAGGUGUGAACGGAGAGCGUACAAAGUAGCCGUACGUGACUAAAAGGAGCUUCUGCAGUUUUUUCUCUUAUAACUUUCUUCUGCGAAGCACCUCGAUACGCUUGUAAUGUCCAAUAAGGUCGCAGAACUAGACUUUUGGUUGUGCAAUGCACUGUU